GAUGGUGGGUCAAUUUCUGUGAACGAGACCUCAAAAAAUACGAAAACAAAGGAUAAUUUAAUUUAAAACAGUACAAUAAAUCUAUUGUUAAUUUGAAUUAUGUUUUUAAGAAAAGAUUACUGGUCAUUAGUAUGUCGAGGUCGAAAGAAAAAGAUCAUUACUUUGAUUGUUAUCUUAUUGUUUUUAAUUAAUUCAAUGCUGUAUGUUAGUUUAGAGUUGUAUAAUACAGUCAAACGAAAACACAAGGACCCUUGGUACAAAAGUUUACAUUUCGAUGAGAAUUCCUAUGUGGAUAAGAAUGGAAUGAGGGUUGUCGUUGGGCAUUACGUUGGUGGAAACAGAGGGGGUAACUUGUCUGAAGAAGUCAUACACAGCAACAAUUAUGCCCCAGUUGAGGGUGCAGGGGAAGGCGGGAGGCCAGUGGUGCUCUCCCAGAAGGAACUGAUCACCGCCCGCGAACUGUACUCGCUUCACUCAUACAACAUACUUGUUAGCGAUAAGAUAUCCAUAAACCGAAGUCUUCCAGAUGUCAGAAGUGAUAGUUGCAAAGAAAUUGAGUACAACAUAGAUAAUCUCCCAACAGCAACAGUAAUCAUAGUAUUCCACAACGAAGCCUGGUCAACACUUAUGCGAACAGUAAUGUCAGUCAUAUUACGUUCGCCACCUUCACUCCUAGACCAGAUUAUUUUAGUAGACGAUGCUAGUGAUAGAAGGUAUUUGGGCAAAGAAUUAGAUAAUGCAGUGGAAAAAUUAGAGAAGGUGUCAAUAUUGAGGAGUCCAGAUAGAAAGGGACUGGUCAAUGCCAGGUUGAUGGGCGCGAGGACUGCUACUGGGGACGUAUUGGUUUUCUUGGAUGCACAUUGUGAGGUUACCAAAGGCUGGCUGGAACCAUUGUUAGAUCGCGCUGGCAGCGACGACGUAUUUAUCUGCCCGCACAUAGAUCUUUUAUCAGAAGAAUCGCUGUCCUAUACCAAAAGUAUUGACGCACAUUGGGGCGCCUUCAGCUGGCGGCUACACUUCCGUUGGCUCAUGCCAAGCAGCGAAGUCAUGAAGAAAAAGUCCGAAAAUCCUUCGAAACCUUAUCCUACGCCUGCGAUGGCUGGAGGCCUGUUUGCGGUAAGGAAAAGUUUAUUUUGGCGACUGGGGGGCUACGACGAAGGCAUGGUGAUAUGGGGCGCGGAAAAUCUCGAACUAUCUUGGAGAGCUUGGCAAUGCGGCGCCCGAGUUGAAAUCACGCCUUGCUCCAGAGUAGGCCAUAUUUUUAGGAGGCACAGCCCAUACAAAUAUCCCGGUGGAGUUUCGAAGGUUCUGAAUUCGAAUUUGGCUCGAGCGGCGACAGUGUGGAUGGACGAGUGGGCGGACUUCUUUUUUAAAUUCAACCCUUCGGUUGCCGCGAUUCGUGAUCAGCAGGAAGUAGGGAGUCGAGUGGAACUCCGUAAGGAAUUGAAUUGCAAGAGUUUCAAGUGGUAUUUGGAGAAUGUGUGGCCUCAACACUUCUUUCCGACUGAGGAGAGGUGGUUUGGGCGGGUUAGGAACGAUAGAGGCGGUUGCUUAGGGGUGUCCUCUGGGACUCCGGGCCUAGGGGGGCCCGCUGCCGGUAUCGAUUGCGGGACGGACAUGGAAAUCGAUAGAAUGAUAGUUUAUACACCAGAAGGCAGGGUUAUGGCUGACGAAGGACUAUGUUUAGAGCAAGGUAACGGACGAGCUGUUUGGAAAAGCUGUAGCGAUAACCCUAAACAGGUGUGGGAGCAAAAGGGACCACGACUGAAAACCAAGGGCGGGUUGUGUUUAACGUUAGUGAAGGAUACUAGCAAGGAUAGUGUGGGUGACCCUUUGACAGCUAAGAAGUGUCUGAGCAAAGAUGUAGGUCAAAUAUGGCAUUUUGAACGUGUGCCUUGGCGAUAAAUGUGAUAUUUAGUUUAAUAGUCUUCAAAAACAGAUCUGACAAGCUUUUAUUUAGUGUUAAGUAUUGAGUUAGGGGAUAUUACAAAACUAAGAUUAAAUUAAAACGAUCUGGUAGUGUUUCUUGCACAAAAUAGCGAAUGAAAUAUUAUUAUAAACAUUAUGAACACAAAUUAGAAGCUUUUAUUGCAUUUAUAAUAAAUCGAAAAUUCUGGAGAUUGUGGUUGUACAAAUAGUUAGAUCUUGUGAAUUAAAUUAAGUACACAACUGUGAUUAUUAUUGUUAAAUAUGAUCUUAUUGCACUAAACAAACAAUACACUAGAUAGAUAAAUAAAUAGCAGGAACACAAUAUGGGCAUAUACAUUCAAAGAAUGAAAAAUUUAGUUUAAUAUGAUUAAAUACCGCGGUUUAAAUGUGUUAUGACUGUAUAUUUUUACAGUGGUUAAGUAUUUAAUGUGAUAAUAACUAUUAACAGUUAGGAAUAAGAUAAUUUAAUCAGCAUUCAUUAAAUACUCUUAACGGAUUUUAUCAAAUUUGUACUGUGAACUGUCUCAAGUCUUGUCUGCAUCAGGGCACAAGUUACUGCAUUAGUAGGGAAUUUAGUGCGAGAACCCCUCCACUUUGGUGUAAUUUUUACAACAGUGAUUCUUUGUUAUGUUGUUGUAUGGCUUAUGUUGUUGUAAUAGAGUCGAUAUUGGUGCUGUCGUAAAUUUUAAAAGCUUAAAUUUUGCGAACCCUGAUGCAGACGAGGCUUUAGAACUUAAAAGAAAUGAGAGAAAACUUUUUUAGUAAUGGUACUUACUUAUUAUAAAUCUCUUUUAUUGCCAAUAUUUUUUGCAGUUAUUUUUUUAGUGGCUUGAUGCAUUUCUUCAGGAUAUUUUUUUUUUGUGUAAUUUUACUUCUAGUCUUUAUUUUUUUAUUGCUUUACUAUCGCCUGUGCGACAAAACGUCGAUUUAUGUUUUAGGAUAUAAAGUACUUAAUAGAUUUUACUUAUUUUGUAAACUUUAUGUGACUUCUUAUUUCUUUUAUGUAUAUUUUGACGAGUUCUGAACUGAUAAUUUAUGAUUUUCUAUUGUGUAUUUUUAUGCCGUCCUUUAUAUUCGAUUGACCUUAUUUAAAAAAUACUUAUUUUUAUAAAAUUCCAAGUUUUAACAUUGUUUCCGUAUCUUUAUAGGUUUGUGAAAGUAACUCACUAAUUGUAUUUUAGUUUGUUUGUUAUAAGAUAACAUAACAAUGAUAAGACUUGUAUCAUGUAACAGCCGAUUUUUAUAAUAAUGUCGUUUACAAUAAACUUCAAUGUUUUAAUGCUCACAAUGAAAGUACAAUUUGCAUUUAUGAAUUUUAUAAACAACGUCAUGUUAAAGUUAAAAAUAAAAGUAUUAUUUGCGACUUUAGUCAAGUUUUUUUAUUGUAAAUUGCGUCGUAAAAAACUUAAAUUAAUAAACAACACUUAUACACAAAAUGUCUUUACACUUAAAAAAAUUACAAUAACACUCAUCUAAAUACAAAGUACAAUAU